AACCUUCGUUGCAAUGGAUGAUUAUCUUGUCACUGACAAAAUCACUGCAUUCAUAGUGCAAAUGCAACAUGCAGCAACUGAAGUCCUUAAAGAGUAAAUAUAUCUUCUUUUAUCCAUAUGAUACUCCUCUUCACCUCAUUCAUCAUCGCCAUGUUCAUCUUCAUCAUCCUCUUGCUGACGGAGACCAAACAUGUGUCCAUCGAGGAUAUCUAGAUGCUCUUUGACAGGCAUUGAAACUGGAACCGCAUCUUCUGUAGGGACACAAAUUAAGGCAACCUCCACUAGCAGCAGGAGACGUCUAGAGCAUGAACAUGGUGGAGAGUGGUGGUUCUAUAUGCCUCUAUCUACAAGGAUGUCCCUAUAUUGGUUAACCAUUCUGGUCGGUUUCAUUUGGAUAAAGGCAUUGGAGAGUGCUAAGGGGACAUGUCUAGCCUAUAUUGAGCGCUACGGUCUCCAGCAAGCAACUUCGUGAUGAUUUGAUGACCAUGCUCAUUGUUGGUCAUGAGACUUCUGCAGCAGUCUUGACAUGGACAUUUUAUCUUCUAUCCAAGGUACCUAAAUUUAAGGCACCUGAAUUUUAACAACUUCAAGGGGCAUGGAAUUCCAAAGCUCUUCCCAAGUACUUCCAAUUUUUUCUUCAUCGAAUCCUCUUUGGGAGGCUUGGAAAGGUCCGUACUACUGGGUGAAGUGCAAGCCUGACGAGCCCAUACCAGUUAGUCAGCCGAACCAAGGGAGCGUGCGAGGGAGGAAGGAGAAGAAGCGGAUCAAGCAGCGCAAGGACUUUAUCAUGGCUGAGAAGAAGAAGCGCAGAGCUCAGUAUUCUGCUGCUGUUAAGAGAAAGGAGGCAGAACGAACAGAAAGGAAGAUGGCUGCUGUGGCAAGAGAGCGGGCAUGGGUAGCAAGGUUGAUAGAGCUAAAACAACUUGAGGAAGAAAUUAAAGCUGUAAUGGCAUAAGGGCCUGCUCUGGAAAAUGGCAAGGCGUCUAACCUGUUUCUGCUGCUCUAUUUUCUCCUCCUUUGUUCCUACAUAGUUUAAAUUGUCACGAUUCUUGUGAUGGAAUGGAAGACCAGUACCACUUCUUUUAACAGUAAUAUCAAAUGCUGGAACUGUUUUUUAAUAUAGACUCUCAUUAGACCAUGUUUGGAGUUUGUUUACUUUUGAUGUAAUUUAGAAAAGUGAUGCGAUGGUAUCUGUGUGCUUGACAUCUGAGAUGGCUGUUGUCUGCAAUAUAUAGUUUUGGUACACUUGUUCUAUGAUACAUAAUUUGUACUGUCAGUAUUCAAGCAACUAA